ACAAAAUUGAAUUUCCUAGGGGACAUGGAGAGACACAUGCGCACUCAUACUGGGGAACGGCCAUACCAUUGCGAUGUGUGUGGCUCUUCCUUUGCUCGCCCUCAAACCCUUCAGGAACACAAGAACAGGCACUACAACUUCAAGCCGUAUGUUUGCAAGAUAUGCGGCAAAAGCUUUCAUGAACUUGCUGCCUGUUCUCGUCAUGUCAAGGGCCAGCAUGGGAGGGAGCCAGCUGCAGCCAGUAUCAUCAGAUUGAACAGUCAAAAUCAACAAGAAGGUAGAAAAGAAAGAAUUCUCUUAACACAUGUCGAUGAAGAUGAUGAGGAAAACAGAAAUGAAGAUGAGGAUGUGGAUAAUGAAGGUGAAGAGGAUACCAGAGAUGGGAGUGAAGCAGAUAAAGAUGAAGAAGGAGACAUCAAACACCACAUUUUUGUCAUGCAUACAGCUGAUAGUGAAGAGACAAAGCUCAUUACAAUCGCUGAACAAUCAGUAACACAUGCAGAGACUAUCAGCAGGCAAGGUUCUGCUGUGACUUGUGAGGGAUGUGGCACUCUGAUGUCUUCCAUGGCUGUACUGAAAAACCAUGCAAGGCAGUGCAAGGCUCAGGCUGGAGUGUCAGUGGCCGAGUGGCUGGUCCACGGGAGUGCAGGAAGCCCUAGUAGUGGCAUGGAGAUCACAGUUGGGGAGAGUGGGGCUAGUGGGGACCUAGGAUGUGUGGAGGAGAGCAGCAGUGGCCUGGAGUGCGUCAAGGAGGUGGAUAGCUCGGGACUGAGCCAUGCCGUUACCAUCAGUGAGGAUGGCAGCAUCACCUCAGUGCCUCUGUCACAACUUGCACCAUUGCAUUUGCAGUUGGAAAAUGACUACAUGGUAGUGCUCAGUGAUGACACAAGAGCACAAGAAGCAACUUCCUCUUUCCAAACACAAGACUUGCAACAGGUUGAUGAGUCAACUCUCACAGGAACCGACUCUGAGACAUCACAACCAAGGAUAACACUCGUGUCUUCACUACUCAGCCAGUAAUGCUGUUGCCUCCAAGUUCAAUGAGCUGUAUACUGCCAAUUUCAAAGCAUGAAAAGUAUUAUCAUUAUUAUGGUUAUUACGGUAAUCAUUAUCAUUAUAUAUUUUAUUCCAUAUAAGGAUUUCUGAAAUGAGGAUCUCAAGGAAAACUUUGAUCUAGUACCUAAGAAUGGCGUUUAUUUGAAUGCAGAAAUUGUUGUUUAGCAACAUUCCAUUUAUUUUCUUCUGUACCUACAUAUAGAAAGAAAGAAUUAUACUGUAUUUAUAUGACAAAAUAUUUAAAAAGUAUCUUUUGA